AUGCCCGGAAAGAGCUUCAUCAACGACAUCGCGAACCCCGUUGAGCGGGCGCUUCGCAGCCAGUUGCUUCGCGACCCGUCUCUGGCCAUCAUCCCAUCAGAAAAAGUGCUGUACAGACGAGCCGCCUCGCAAACCGACAAGGUCGUCCUUCUCUCGGGCGGCGGCUCCGGCCACGAGCCCGCGCACGCAGGAUAUCUUGGUGAGGGGAUGCUGGAUGUGGUCGUUGCUGGCGAGAUAUUCGCGUCGCCUUCCUCCUCCCAAAUUCUGAGAGGAAUCACAGCAGCGCAGUCCACGAAGGGAACACUCUUGAUCGUCAAAAACUACACAGGCGACAAACUUAAUUUCGGACUGGCCGCCGAGAAGGCCAAGGCAAAUGGACAGAGCGUCGAGAUGGUGGUGGUAGGCGACGACGUGUCAGUCGAAGGAAGCUCGCUCGUCGGACAGCGAGGUCUGGCCGGGACAGCCUUUGUUCACAAGGUCGCAGGCGCACUUGCUGCAAAAGGAGCAAGCCUCAAUGAGGUCGCAGCCGUGGCGCAGAAGGCCGCGUCGCAUAUGGCCACCGUCGCCGCCAGCCUCGAUCGAUGCACAGUCCCAGGUCGCACCGCCCCAGGCCUUGCUGCUGACGAACUCGAGUUUGGGAUGGGCAUUCACAACGAGCCGGGAGUGCGCCGCUCCAAGAUCGAAUCCCUCGACAGCACGAUUCAAUCUGCCCUCGACAUGCUGUUUGCCCCCAAGGCCAACAUGUGGCAGCCAAAGUCGGGCCAGAAGGUGGCGCUGAUGCUGAACAAUCUCGGCGGCCUGAGUGUGCUGGAGCUGAGCGUCAUAUUUGAGGAGGUAGCAAAGCAGGUCGCCGCUCGAGGCCUGGGAGUGGUGAGGAGUGUCGUUGGCAGCUUUGUCACGAGCCUGGAUGGGCCGGGCUUCUCCAUCUCUGUCCUUGCCGUUGACGAUGAGCUCUUGGGGCUUCUGGAUGCGCCAACAGGGGCAAGUGCCUGGCCGCGGUCGAUCGAGUACUGGACGCCCAGCCAGGAUGCCCAGAUCACAACCAAGCUUCCGAGCAGUGAAGGCCGCAAAGCCGGGCUUGAAGUUUCUACCACAGUUCUAAAGGGAUUAAUCGCCUCCAUCACCAAGAUGGUCACCGAGGAUGAGCCCAAGAUUACCGAGUACGAUACUUUAGCCGGCGACGGAGACUGCGGUCAGACGCUACUAAACGGAGUGAAUGGUCUUGUGAAAGAAUUCGACGGAGAUCAACAAAGCACAAUUGACAUUGGGGACCUCUUCCGUCGCAUCGCCACGACGGCCGAGAACUCAAUGGGAGGCACAUCCGGAGCCAUCUACGCCAUCUUCCUGAACGCAGUCGCCAAUAAUCUCGUCGCUUCUUCUGCCAGUCAUAAUGAGUUGGCUCCCCUCCUCCGCGCCUCACUUCAGCUUGGUCUCGGGGAGUUGUGCCGAUACACACCGGCGCGCAUCGGCCACCGCACACUGAUGGAUGCACUCAUUCCGUUCGUUGAGACUUUCGCUCAGGGCGGUGAUUUUUCCAGAGCGGUAGACGAAGCCAAGAAGGGCGCUGAGGGGACAAGGAGAAUGGAAGCGGCUCUUGGUAGGGCCAGCUACGUAGGAAAGGAAAGAUUUGAGGAAGAGGGCGGCAUCCCCGAUCCUGGCGCGCUGGGUGUAGUGAGCAUUCUACGAGGCAUCCUGGCAGAAUUAUAG